AUGCCUAGCAGGAAAAGAAUUGCGAUUGCGAUCUUGAAAGUGAUGCUACUGAGACGAAUCGAUAGAAGGAUGAAAGAAAAGCAAAGGCAAAGGAGUAGACGCUGGGGUGUUCGCCCGGUACUGAGAGAACGAAAAACGAGCGGUGAAUUUGUGACUGUCUUUCAGAAAUACAAAGUUAUCGAUCACGAAUGGUUCUUUCUGUAUACCAGGAUGACUCCUUCGGCGCAAUUCGAUGAUUUGUUGAGUCUUGUAGGACCUAGUUUGACCAAGAAGAGCUACCGAGAACCUCUUUGUGCUUCACAAAGACUCGCGAUCACGCUCAGAUAUUUGUCGCAAGGCGACUCCGUGUUCAGUAUAGCAUCUGGCUACAAAAUAGGACGUUCCACUGCGUCAAUGGUUAUUAGAGAGACUACGAUAGUAAUUUGGAGAGUGCUAAAUAAAAUCGUGUUGAAAACGCUCAGUGAAGAAGACUUCAAAAGAAUUGCUAAUCAGUUAUUAAUGAGAUGGAAUUUGCCACAUACUUUAGGAGCUUUGGAUGGAAAACAUAUCGGUAUCCAGUGUCCUGCAAAAUCUGGAAGUGAAUAUUUCAAUUAUAAGAAGCACUUCAGUAUCAUUCUUUUGGCCUUAUGCCAUGCACACUAUAAUUUCACCUAUAUCAACGUAGGUGCGUAUGGGUCCCAAAGUGAUGGUGGAGUACUUGCCAAUUCAGCUCUAGGAGAAGCGUUGCAAUCGGGAGAUUUACCUAUUCCUUCGGAAGACUUUCUGCCGAACAGCCGCAUCAAAAUACCAUACUUUUUUGUUGGCGGCGACGCUUUCACAUUAAUGAAACAUUUAAUGAAACCUUUUAAAGGACUUCACCUGACCCUUGAGCAAAAUAUUUUUAACUACAGAUUGAGUCGUGCGCGACGCGUUAUUGAAAAUUGCUUUGCCAUUCUCGUUACUAGAUGGAGAAUUUUUACUCGCACUAUAACAGCAAGUCCCUCAACAGUGGACAGCAUCGUGAAGGCUACGGUCUGCUUGCACAAUUUUUUGAAACAAAAAGAAUAUAACGUACCUGAAUGCAGAAAGAAAUAUUGCCCGGCUUCAUUUUGUGACAGUGAAACGGAUGAUGGAAUAGUACCGGGUGCUUGGAGGAGAGAAGUGGAGCAAAAUGGAAAUGUGACCUUACAAGACGAGCGUUGCCUGGGCAAGUUAAUUAUGUGA